AACCAAAUAAAUCCAUUGGUUGGAUGAUUGAAUUGACUUUUGCCGGUCUGUCAAACGUUCAACGAUGAACACUGAAUCAGUAGUGGAGUUGCUUGGGAAGGUGCCCUUGUUGCAUCGGUUAACAAGUCUUUCUCUCAAGAGAAUCGCACAAGUCGUUGUGUUCAAGCGUUACGAGAGAGGGGAUUAUGUGGUGCGUAGAGAUGAGGAGGUGGAGGGUGUUUACUUUCUCCUUCAAGGACAGGCUCAGGUUCUGGGAUCAGCCGACGACUCCUCGGAGUUCCUCUUGAAACCGUUUGAUUUCUUCGGCCGUGGUAUUUUUGGGAAUGUUUACUCAGCAGAUGUUGUUGCUCUCUCACAGCUUACCUGCUUGCUGCUCAUGUCUCAUCAUUGUUCUUUGCUUGACACCAACCCUAUCUCCGAUCCAGCUAAGGAUCUUGAGACCCCCUGUCUUGUGCAACGCAUUUUGUCUCUCGAUCCAUUAGAUUUGACUCUUUUUCGAGGUUUCACUAUACCCAAUGCUCCAACCUUUGGCAAGGUUUUUGGUGGGCAAUUAGUUGGACAGGCACUUGCCGCAGCGACAAACACUGUUGAAUCGACCAAGAUUGUUCAUAAUUUACACUCCUAUUUCCUACUCGUUGGAGAUAUAACUAUUCCCAUCCUAUACGAAGUUAACCACUUACGUGAUGGCAACAACUUUGCCACCCGAAGAGUUGAUGCUAGACAGAAAGGCAAAACCAUUUUCAUCUUGUUUGCUUCUUUUCAGAGAGAUCAACAAGGUUUCGAUCACCAAGAGUCGAACAUGCCCCGUAUGUCACCUCCUGAAACGCUUGUAACAAGAGAGGAGAUGAUUGAACGGCGUAUAACUGACCCUCUGCUACCUAGGGAUUACCGAAACAAAAUUGCAGCUGAAAAAAUCCUCACAUGGCCUAUAGACAUUCGAUUUUGUGAGCCAAGUUAUUAUACAGAACAGACAAAGUCUCCUCCAAGAUUGAACUAUUGGUUUAGGGCAAGGGGAAAACUUUCUGAUGACCAAGCUUUACACCGAUGUGUGGUUGCAUUUGCUUCAGAUCUGAUAUUUGCAUGUAUCGGUUUAAACCCUCACCGUAGAAAGGGCAUGAGUGCUGCUGCUCUUAGCCUAGACCACUCGUUGUGGUUCCACCGACCUCUAAGAGCUGAUGACUGGCUUCUCUUUGUGAUGGUGAAUCCCACAUCAUUCCAGAGUCGUGGUCUGACCACUGGAGAAAUGUUCAACAGAAAAGGAGAGUGCUUAAAGAGAAUGUAAUUGUUGGAUAAAUUGAUGAUGUGGGCAGCUAGUGGUAUCAUUGACGCAAGAAGCAUUGCUAAAAGAAGCGGUGACGAUUAAGCCCAUCUUCGGCGCCAAGCUCUAAGUAACACACACACACACACACCAUAUAAUAUCAGAAUAUAUUCAAGAAGAGUUUUUGCAAUCUGUUACACCUCGCCAGUCACACUGUGAUGCUUAAAUUAUUUUUCCCAUUUAUAUUAUUAUGACAUGUUUGUAUGUAAAUUGUGACACCGGCGGUCAUUUAUUGUGUGUACAUGACAAACGGCGUCGUUUAGUGAAAAAAACACAUUAUUAUUACAGGAGGAGACGCAUUGGUUAAUCGUUAAUACGCUCUCGCUCUCCCUCUCCCUCUCCCUCUCCCUCUCCCUCUCCUCCCUCUCCCUCUCAACGGAAAAAUUGGAAAGGAAUCAAUGGCGGAGUCGGAAUCGGAGCAUGAGCUCAUCGAUGAAGGAGAAUUGGAGAAAAUGGAGUGGGAAGUGAGGGAGAUGGCGAAGAAGAUAACAGAGUACAGGAAAACCCUACCGGAUAACCUCAGGAACACCCUUGAUUCCGCGCUUUCCUCCUCUCAUAGCUUCUUCCCCAGCAUCUCGGAUCCUCUUCCCUCUUCUUCUGAACGCCUCACCAUCGCACCAGGAACUCAAGACCAAGACUGUGAACAGAAAAUGAUUCAGCUCAAGGAAACAGUGUCUAGGAACGCUG